AUGAGGACUCCGGGGUCAGAAACGGAGCUGAACCGUACACAUGACAAUUAUGGCUUUGAAUUUCACCUAAAACGUAAAUCAAGAUCUUCUUCAUCGUCACCUAUACCAUCGUCAUCGGGGAUUAUUGUCAAUCCUUUGGCGUUAUCAACUCCCCACAGUGGAAGUCAUAUAUUUACUAAUGGCAUGCUAUGUAUCGAAGAAGGACUCGGAAAGCUGCACAGGAUACCUGUCAACGCGAGUCUGGCGUCUGGAGUGCUAAAGGACGGACAGUUGACUAAGCCAGAAACAGUACUACACGCUCAGUCUGAUGAGAAGUUGGACAAUACCGGUGAAAAUGAAACUAAACCGGAGCUAGAUGACAGUCCAGAGACACCUAGAGCUAGUUUUUUGGAUGGUAUCUUUGGAUGCAUGCGGCCGUUCUGGACUUUUUUGUCCAAAGCUACUGUGGCUGAAAAAAUAAAAGGGUCUUCGGAUGACUGGGAAAUACCAUUUGAAAAUAUAAGCGAUCUCCAAUGGCUGGGAUCAGGCGCUCAAGGUGCAGUCUUCAGCGGUAUCCUGAACAAGCAGAUAGUAGCAGUGAAAAAAGUCCGUGAGCCCCGAGAGACUGACAUAAAGCACCUGCGGAAGCUGCACCACCCAAACAUCGUUAAAUUCCGAGGUGUAUGUACACAGGCACCUUGCUAUUGCAUCAUUAUGGAGUACUGUCCGUACGGACCACUGUACGAUUUGCUGCGAGCAGGAGAAUUCAUUCCUCCUCACCGUUUGGUAGCUUGGUCGAAGCAAAUCGCCGCUGGAAUGGCGUACCUGCACGGCCACAACAUCAUCCACCGGGACCUGAAGAGUCCGAACGUGCUGAUAGGCCUGGACGAGUCGGUGAAGAUAAGCGACUUUGGAACGAGUCGACAGUGGAACAACCGCAGCACCAAGAUGACCUUCGCUGGAACAGUUGCGUGGAUGGCGCCCGAGAUAAUCCGCAACGAGCCCUGCUCCGAGAAAGUCGACAUCUGGUCUUACGGCGUUGUUGUCUGGGAGCUGCUCAGUGGCGAGAUUCCGUACAAAGAUGUUGAUUCAUCAGCAAUAAUUUGGGGCGUUGGGAAUAAUUCUCUGCACUUGCCCAUACCUAAAAGCUGGCCUGAAGGGUACCAACUGCUGGUGAAGCUCUGUUGGUCUGAGAAGCCCAAAAAUCGACCUUCGUUCAAGCACAUCGAGGCGCAUCUGGCUAUCGCUGCUAUAGAUGUCCUCGGUACCGAGCCUGACGAGUAUUUUAAGGCCCAGCAGACCUGGAAAAGCGAAAUUAGAUCACACUUGGAAGAAAUGCAGCGGAAUAGCUCCACUGGGUCAAGAUUUGAGACUGAGUUGUCUGUUUUAUUAGAAAAGCGCAACAAUGAGUUGAAGCAUGCUCAAGAAAUCCGGGAAUUGUAUGAAAAAAAAUUGGAAAAAACCAACAAUCUUUAUUUACAAAUCAGCACUGCUUGGUCCCAGCUGCAGCAACGCGAGCAAAUUAUUUCGAAAAAAGAAAAGGAGCAUAAAAAGUCUAAGAAUCCGCUGAUGAAAGCUCGAGACCAGUUGAGAAGAAAACGGAAAAAUCCACACCAGAAAUCAAGCUCGACAACACCUACGACUCCGUCUUCUCCGAUGGAGUCUCAAUUGCAAUCUCCUGUCAAAGCGACGCUUUGCACUCAGAUAAAUGUCGCGACCAAUCAGCCGGAAACUGUCAUCGUGCCGCCUGUCAGCAAUAACAAUAGUUUUAAGCAGAAGAAAUACCGACAUCGACGGGUCGGCUCUGGAGGAGUCUCCACGGUCAGCUUGAGAUCUUCGCCGCAUCGAGAGAGAAAGAGCGGCGGUGACAUGUCCAUCAAGUAUGUUAAUCACCAAACGCAAACUGAUAUUACGAGUAUUUCAAUUAGCAACUCGAUUGACUCCGUGGCUUGUUUCUCCCGCACUCCUAGCUCGAGACAUUCAAAGACGACGCUCAGCUCUCCGUGUGAUAAAUUUUUGGACCUGCCGGAUGGUAGAACGUCUUUUGAUAGCGGGAUUAUUGGAGAGUGCAGCAAUGGCAAUGUUGGAGAGCCUGAGUGCAUUUUUCAGGAUACGAUCAGAAGAGCUUCUAGUUCGGAAAUUUGUAAUGGUAAUGAAAGGCUGAGGGAGUACAGUGAAGAUCAUCUGGAAACGCUGGGAAGAAAAUUGUCGGAGAUUAUGAAAGAUAAUCGGAUGAUUGACAAUGGCAAUUGUGAUGACGCUAUUAUGCAUAGUUAUAACCAAAUGCAAGAAGACUUGACAAACUUACCUCACGACUUCGGAAGAAUAACGAUAAAUGGAUCAGUAAAUAAUGAUUAUUUAGAAAUACCUGUUCCAAUUAAUCAAGAGACUGCGUCAGUGGCUGAAGAUGAGAACGAUAAUAAUAAAUUAAUGAAAUUAAGCAAUGAAGAUGAUGAUGAUUACGACGAUGUGGACGAUGAAGAUGAAGCUUGUGAAGAGGAAUGGUCCGAUGAAGAAGGCGAAGCUUCUGGAAGCUAUGGCUUCGAUUUUUCUCUACGAAGUCGAAGUUUUGGGAGAAAACCAAUUAGGCCAGGAUCCCGUAAAAGAAGACCGAAGCACCCGCUAGUAGACCGGUGCCUCGCGUCAGACGAAGAAAACACAUCCGAGUACUCCCACCCACCAUCGAGUCACACGUCGACUCUCGAGAGUAAUCCAGAUGCUCAACGUGCUUACAAAAAGGCUACUAAUCGCAUUUAA